UAUUACUCUGGAAACAAACUUCGUCUCGCUCUUUCUCUCGCUUUCUGCAUCGUGAAUGGCGGUUUCUUCCUUCAAAUCCAGCUCGAAAGCUGAAUUACCAUAUUCUUUAGAGAGGGAAAUUGGAACUCAGGGCUUGAGAAAAAGGAUUAUCCAGCAAGGUAGUUCAUGGUUGACUCCAUUUCCCGGGGAUGAAGUCGAAGUCCAUUACAGUGGGCGGGUGGAGGGUGGUCUUGAUUUUGAUUCAAGUCGAGACAGAGGAACUCCAUUCAGAUUCAAACUUGGCCAAGGUGAGGUUAUUAAAGGAUGGGAUGAUGGGGUUGCCACCAUGAGGAAGGGUGAGAGAGCAAUCUUCACCAUUCCUCCAGAGUUGGCUUAUGGGGAGAUGGUUUCUCCCCCCAUGAUUCCUCCGAAUUCGACGCUUAUUUUUGAUGUGGAGAUGCUGUCUUGGAGCAGUGUUAGGGACUUAUCUGGUGAUGGAGGCAUAUUGAAAAAGAUAAUAAAAGAGGGUGAGGGAUGGUCGACACCCAAAGAUGCAGAUGAAGUGUUAGUUAAAUAUGAAGCCAGACUUGAGGAUGGAACUCUUAUCUCAAAGUCAGAUGACGGCAUAGAAUUUCAUUUAAGUGAUGGUUAUCUCUGCCCAGCAAUUGCCAAAGCUGUAAAAACAAUGCGAAAAGGUGAAAAGGCAGAGUUAUCAGUAAGGUUCUCAUAUGGCCUUGAACAUGGAAAUGGUGUUACCAAAAGUGAUUGUAGUUUCCCACCAAAGUCCAAUUUAUCUGUUCAUCUUGAGCUUGUAUCAUGGAAGAGUGUCAUUGAUGUCACAGAUGAUAAGAAAGUAAAGAAAAAAGUUAUCAAAGUAGGUGAAGGUUAUGAUCGCCCCAGUGAAGGAUCACUGGCUAAAGUGGUAUACACUGGCAAGCUUGAAGAUGGAACCAUUUUUGAGAGUAAAGGAUCUGAAGAGCCUUUUGAACUUAUGUGUUUUGAAGGGAAAAUUCAUGAGGGCCUAGACAGGGCAAUCACGACCAUGAAGAAAGGUGAAAAGGCUCUGGUUACCAUUAGUCCAGACUAUGGAUUUGACAAUGCAGUCUCCAAAGAUUUCCCUAAAAGUGCAACUCUUCUUUACGAAGUGGAGCUAAUUAGUUUCACCAAGGAAAAACCAUUCUGGAAGAUGGAAACAGCAGAGAAGAUUGAGACCUGUGAAAGGAAGAAGGAAGAUGGAAAUAUGCUUUUUAAGAAUGGGAAGUUUUUGUUUGCCUCAAAGAAAUAUGAAAAGGAAAUCAUUUUUUACUAUUUGCAGGCUGUUAAAUACAUUGAAUUUGAUCACUCGUUCACAGAUGAAGAAAAAAGCCAGGCAAAUGCAUUAAGAAUAUCAUGCAAUUUGAAUAAUGCAGCUUGUAAACUUAAGCUUGGAGAGUAUGUUGAAGCUGCAGGACUGUGCACCAAGGUCUUGGAACUAGACCCCUUUAAUGUUAAGGCCCUGUAUAGAAGAUCUCAGUCAUAUAUAAGAACUUCUGAUUUGGAAAAAGCUGAAAUUGACAUCAAGAAAGCUCUUACAGUAGAUCCAAAUAACAGAGACGUGAAACUCGAGUACAAGAAGUUGAAGGACAAGGCAAAGGAGUACGCUAAAUAUCAGGCUGAGAUUUUUGGAACCAUGUUUUCAAGGAUGGCUCAAUUAGAGACCUAGCCCAAGAUAUUCUCACAGAACUAAUACUUGGAUUCUAGAUAGAAAAUUUUCAUGUACUGAUAUUCUUUUUUGAUAUUUAAUUGUUGCAGCCCAAUACUAUGUAUUACUGUCAAUGAUAGGUAAAACUAUGUCCACUGUCAAUAGAGA